AAAUUUUAAACUAUGAAAAGAUAGAUCAAAAUGUUGAUUCUCUACUCAUUGUUAUUAAAUCACUUUUGGAAAUGGACGGAAAGUGGAAGUUUUUGUUUUGUUGUUGAUUUUAAUGGUGUUUGACAACAAUAAUGGGUGAUGGCUACCAGACGUUCAUGUAUGCAAACUUCAAGUGACAAUUCCCAUAUUUGUGAUAACGGUAGAGAAUUAUUUGAUGCUUGUCGAUAUGGUGAUGUUUCAAGAGUAAGAAAGCUUGUUACUCCACAAAAUGUUAACGCUAGAGAUGCUGCGGGACGGAAGUCAACACCAUUGCACUUUGCUGCUGGAUUUGGACGUCGAGAUGUGGUAGAACAUCUACUUCAGAAUGGAGCUAAUGUCCAUGCUAGAGAUGAUGGAGGAUUGAUACCUCUCCAUAAUGCAUGCUCUUUUGGUCAUGCUGAAGUUGUGCAGCUUUUACUGAAACAUGGUGCAGACCCUAAUGCAAGAGACAAUUGGAAUUAUACUCCACUGCAUGAAGCAGCCAUCAAAGGAAAAACGGAUGUUUGCAUUGUAUUACUUCAGCAUGGUGCAGAUCCUUCCAUACGAAAUACUGAUGGUAAGACUGCUUUAGACCUUGCAGAUCCCUCUGCAAGAUCAGUUUUGACAGGAGAGUAUAGGAAAGAUGAGUUGUUGGAGGGUUCUCGUAGUGGCAAUGAUGAGAAACUUAUGUCAUUGUUAACUCCUGUUAAUGUUAAUUGUCAUGCAAGUGAUGGAAGAAAGUCUACACCUUUACACCUUGCUGCUGGUUAUAAUAGAAUUCGUAUUGUCCAGCUUUUGUUACAACAUGGAGCAGAUGUUCACGCUAAAGACAAAGGUGGUUUGGUACCAUUACAUAAUGCUUGUUCAUAUGGACAUUUUGAAGUUACUGAAAUUUUAAUUAAACAUGGAGCUAAUGUGAAUGCUAUGGAUUUAUGGCAAUUCACUCCAUUGCAUGAAGCUGCUUCAAAAGCUCGUAUUGAAGUUUGUUCAUUACUUUUGAGUCAUGGAGCUGAUCCUACCCUUCUUAACUGUCAUUCUAAAAGUGCAAUUGAUGUUGCUUCAGCUAGAGAGUUGCCUGAGCGACUGUCUUAUGAGUUCAAAGGCCACUGUCUGUUAGAAGCUUCAAGACUUGCUGAUCCUCAACGUGUAAAGAAAUUCUUAUGUCUCGAUGUGAUAAAUUUUAAACACCCUUUUACUGGUGAUACUGCUCUGCAUUGCGCUGUGAGUUCUCUUUAUCCAAAAAGAAAGCAAGUCUGUGAAAUAUUAAUACGAAAAGGUGCUAGUUUGAAUGAAAAAAAUAAAGAAUUUUUAACACCUGUUCACAUCGCAGCUGAUAAAUCUCAUUUUGAUGUACUAGACGUUUUACUUAAGCAUGGGGCUAAGGUAAAUGCCUUAGAUGGUCUGGGACAAACUGCUCUGCAUCGCUGUGCAAGGGAGGGAAAUGUACAAGCUUGUAGAAUCCUGCUUUCUUAUGAUGUUGAUCCUUCAAUUAUUAGUUUGCAAGGUUACACAGCCGCUCAAGUUGCUAGUGAAAAUGUACAAAAACUAUUGAGUGAGCCAACAACGGUGAACAUUGAUAUUGAAUAUCAACUGCUAGAAGCUUCUAAAGCUGGAGAUACUGAAGUUGUCAAAAAAAUUCUCUCUAGCCAUUUACCUGUUGUAAACUGUAGAGAUGUGGAUGGCAGGCAGUCUACUCCUCUUCAUUUUGCAGCUGGUUACAAUAGAGUUUCUGUUGUAGAAUACCUUUUGCAGCAUGGUGCUGAUGUGCAUGCAAAAGACAAAGGUGGUUUAGUCCCCCUGCAUAAUGCAUGUUCAUAUGGCCAUUAUGAAGUUGCUGAAUUACUUGUAAAGUAUGGUGCUAAUGUAAAUGUUGCUGAUCUGUGGAAGUUUACACCUCUUCAUGAAGCAGCUGCAAAAGGAAAAUACGAAAUUGUGAAGCUGCUUUUAAAGCAUGGUGCUGAUCCUUCUAAGAAGAAUCGUGAUAGUCAUACUCCUUUAGAUUUAGUCAAAGAAGGUGAUCAAGAUGUUGCUGAUUUACUUAGGGGGGAUUCAGCUUUGUUGGAUGCAGCGAAGAAAGGCAAUUUAAGUAGGGUGUUGAAAUUGGUGUCUCCAGAAAAUAUUAAUUGUAGAGAUUCUCAAGGUCGCAAUUCAACACCCCUUCAUCUUGCAGCUGGUUACAAUAAUUUAGAGGUAGCGGAGUUCCUCCUGGAGCAUGGUGCAGAUGUUAAUGCUCAAGACAAGGGAGGGUUGAUACCUUUGCACAAUGCCUCUUCUUAUGGGCAUUUAGAUAUUGCAGCCCUUCUUAUUAAAUACAACACUGUGGUCAAUGCUACUGACAGAUGGGGCUUCACACCUCUACACGAAGCUGCCCAGAAGGGCAGAACUCAAUUAUGUGCCUUGCUAUUAGCUCAUGGGGCUGAUCCAACCAUGAAGAAUCAUGAAGGGCAAACUCCAUAUGACUUGACUACUGCUGAGGAUGUUAAGUGCUUGUUAGUAGAUGCAAUGCCUCCUUCUUCUUUGCCACCUUCAGCUAAAAGUAGUGCAAUCGGAGCAUCUGUGAUACCUGUAAUUCCAUCUUCUAGUAUUCCUACCGUCUCUCCAGUGACAGUUGUGUUAGAAAAUGACAUUCCAGUUUCCCCUCUCAAUCUUUUUCCUUCUCAAAAACUGUCACCUAUAGCCACAUCAUCAGGCUCUCAACAUGGUGAUGGCUGUGUUGACUUUGACAAAGCUGAGGCUCCAGAUCCUACAAUGCAGAAUGUAGGCAUAACUGGUUUUCUGAUGAGUCUUGGCAUGGAACAUUUGACAGAAACAUUCGAAAAAGAACAAAUAUCUUUAGACAUUCUGGCUGAAAUGGGCCAUGAAGAAUUAAAGCAAAUAGGAAUUAAUGCAUAUGGACAUAGGCACAAACUUCUCAAAGGCAUUGAGAAACUGUAUACUGGUCAUAAUGCAUCAACUUUUAUGCCUAAUAAGCCUGGAACUGUACUUGUUGAACUCACUUUAGAAGAUAAAGAGUAUCAAGCAGUAGAAGAAGAAAUGCAAGCCACUAUAAGAGAACAUAGAGACAAUGGGCAUGCUGGUGGAGUUUUCAUGAGAUAUAACAUUUUAAAAAUUCAAAAGGUACGUAACAGAAAAUUAUGGGAGAAGUAUUGUCAUAGGCGUAAAGAAGUUAGUGAAGAGAAUCAUAACCAGGCUAAUGAGCGUAUGUUGUUUCAUGGUUCCCCCUUCAUAAAUGCGAUAGUACAAAAAGGUUUUGAUGAACGUCAUGCCUACAUUGGUGGAAUGUUUGGAGCAGGAAUUUACUUUGCUGAAAAUUCUUCAAAAAGCAACCAGUAUGUUUAUGGAAUUGGAGGUGGCACUGGAUGCCCUCUCCACAAGGACAGAUCAUGUUACAUUUGCCACAGGCAGCUAGUGUUUUGUAGAGUAACUCUUGGCAAGUCUUUCUUACAAUUUAGCGCAAUGAAAAUGGCUCACGCACCUCCCGGGCAUCAUUCUGUUAUUGGUCGACCCAGUGUAGGUGGGCUUUACUAUCCUGAGUAUGUUGUGUAUAGAGGAGAGCAGGCUUAUCCAGAAUACCUCAUCACUUACCAGAUAGUAAAACCUGAUGGUGAGCCACCUUCAUCUCCAACAUCAUGACCAUAGAGCAUGAUAGCUUUGUUUCUUUUUCUUUUUU